GCUGAGACUGCGGCCGCACCACGACCCGGUGUUUCAGUCUGUCUGUCUGUCCGCUCGCCCGCCCGCCUAGCCAUGGCUGCGCCGGCCCUGGUGCCACGGAUCCUGUUGCUGCUGCUGCUGCUGCUACCGCCGCCUCCAGGUGCCCACAGUGAAGUGUGUGUCGCUUCCCAUGGACUCAGCCUGUUCCCCAAGUCCUGUCCAGAUUUCUGCUGUGGUACCUGUUACGACCAAUACUGCUGCUCUGAUGUGCUGAAGAAGUUUGUGUGGAACAAGGAAAAGUGUACUGUGCCUGAGACCAGUGUGCCUGCCAGCAUGAAGCCACUGGAGCAGCUGGGCUCGCCGCUGAGAUUUCGCUCUAGCUUGGACGGUGACCCCAUGUCAGGGUUCGGCGCUACCGUAGCCAUCGGCCUGACCAUCUUUGUGCUCUCUGUUGUCACCAUUAUCAUCUGCUUCACCUGCUCCUGCUGCUGUUUAUACAAAAUGUGUCGCCGGCCACGUCCGGUCGUGACCACCACCACAGCCACCACGGUGGUGCAUACCCCUUACCCUCAGCCUCCAAGUGUGCCACCCAGCUACCCUGGACCGACGUACCAGGGCUACCACCCCAUGCCCCCCCAGCCAGGGAUGCCAGCAGCACCCUACCCGACGCAGUACCCACCACCCUACCCAGCCCAGCCCAUGGGCCCACCGGCUUACCACGAGACCUUGGCUGGAGGUGCAGCCGUGCCCUACCCUGCCAGCCAGCCUCCGUACAACCCGGCCUACAUGGAGCCCCCGAAGGCGGCCCCCUGAGCAUGCCCUUGCCUCUCUGGCUGCCACUUGAUUAUGUCAUGUGUGUGUGAGUGGUCUGCAGGCACAGUUCCUUCCUGCCUCAUACGUGGUGUGUGUGUGCUGUC